AUGGGUUCCACAAGUAGCACACCUUCUAUGCCUCAUGUUAGGAGUGCACAUCAACCCACAAUGCUAGAGAUGGCUGCUAAGCAAGACAAGAAAUCUUUGGACAUGUUGUCUCUUAUUGUUGUUGAGAAUGAGUUGAGGCUUUUUGUUGCAUCAUCUGAGUGGAGAGCCUUUCAAUUCAAUAGAGCUAAAAUGGCAGUGAGAACUGUUGGAAUAAUUCAAUCAGAUACAUUUUGGGAGGGGGCAAAGGAAGUUGUUGCUUUCAUGGAGCCACUUAUUCGCAUUUUUCGCCUUGUUGAUUCAGAUGGUUCUAUUGCAGAUUACUUAUAUGACGCGACAAAAAGGGCAAAAGAAACAUUGAGAAAAUUUGUGGAGAAGGAUGGAGGGAAGUAUUUAGCCAUAAUGGAUUUGUUUCAAUUUAGGUUAGAGAAGAACAUUAUUCAUCAUGUUCAUCUCUUUGGUGCACUUUUGAAUCCUUCUAUUAUGUUUGGUGGUCGACUUGAUAUUGAUGGAACUAAAUUUAUGAAUGCACAAGAAUUUAUUAUGGACAUCAUGGUUCCUUUAGAAGAUCGUGAACAAUUCAUGCAAGAAGUCAUUGAUUAUCACAUGAAAAGUCCAUUGUUCAAUAUGACAGGGCAGACAAUGAUAAAAACUAACCAUCCAAGGAUUUGGUGGCAAUUUGUUGGUAGUGCAUUUCUUGUUCUUCAAAAUAUUGCUUGUAGAAUCUUGAGUCAGCCUUCACAAACAAAGAAAAGAAAUAGAUUAGCCCUAGAGAUGCUAGAGGAUUUGGUGUACAUCAAGAUGAACUCUAUGAUGAGGGAGAAUUAUGAAAGCCAACUACAUAAAGAUUCAAUGCCUAUUGAUUUAGACAAUCUUGGUGACUUACCUAUAGUAGACUUUGAGCUUGAAAUGGAGAGGCUUGAGCAAACGUACGAGGAACCUGAACCAUCUGACACUGGAGCUGAUGGAGGAUCUACUUCAUAUAGUUUAAUAUCUCCUCAUUGA